GUUAAGAGCUAACAGUGAACAUGUUUUUCAUACUUGUGGUGACCGCAGUGGUUUUAUUGUGCACAUAUGAGUUUAUGCGUCGGCGCAGUCGGAAUUGGAAGAUGCUUAGUCAGUAUCCUGGGGACUAUCCACUACCGAUCGUCGGGAAUGGGUUCCAAUUGGGAUUCGAUGCUGACGAUUCUUCCCACAAGUUAAUGGAAUUAUGGAAGAAACACGGAAGGACCAACUUCCGAAUGACAGUGGGAUCUGAAGAAUGGGUGCUUCUGUCAAAUCCAGAUGAUAUUGCGACUAUUCUUAAUCACCCAACGGAACUCGGAAAGCAAGUUGAAAGAAACACAGCAAUGCAACCGUUCUUUGGAAAUUCUGUCUCAACUUCAGAAGGUGAACGUUGGAAAACAAUACGCAAGUUGAUGGCGACAAGUUUCCACUUCAAAACCCUAGAGAAGAGGGUAGAGCACGUAAAUAAACACUGCGACAGCUUGUUCGAGGUUUUUGACGAUCACGACGGUACUGUGGUCGAUAUGUACCGCUAUUUGAGACCGUAUAUGUUCGAUAUUCUGUGCAAUUCACUUAUGGGUGUCAAUUCGGAUCUUCUUGCAACCCCGGACCAUCCUUACUUACAAGCCAGUGCCAAAGUAGUUAAUAUCAUAACACAGAACUUUUUCUCGUAUUGGAGGAACAUCAAGUUUAUUUUCCAACUAACACCAUUUUACAAGGAAAUGACAGAGACCAUAAAAACCAUUCGAGACACAAGCACUGUCAUAAUUUCGGAGAGAAAGAAGGCGCUUAAAAAAAUAAUUAACGACACUGAAAAUAACAAUAGAAACGUUGAUGUUGACUUGGAGGAGAUAUUGGGGAACAAAGUGUCUGAUGAUAUGUGUCUUUUGGAUAAAUUCCUUUUGAGCAAAAUGUAUAAUGGAGAGCCACUUCCUGAAGACAUGAUUAAUGACGAAAUAACGCUCGUUACUUGGACUGGACACUACACGACAACAAUGACGAUGGCACACACCUUAUACUGUAUAGCCAAGUACCCAGAGGUACAGAAGAGAAUUUUAGAAGAACAACGAUCUAUUUAUAAUAAGGACUUUUCCAAAAAACCGACCAAUACUGAAUUGACAGACAUGAAAUAUCUCGAGGCAGCCAUUAAAGAAAGUAUUAGAAUGAUACCCACGGUUACGAAAAUUGGAAGACAGCUAAAAAAUGAUUUAGAAUUUAAAGAUGGUAGAAAGGUACCAGCCGAUACAACCGUUGUAGUAUUUUAUGAAGCCAUAUAUCAAGACCCGAAGACGUUCCAUGAACCGGAGAAAUUUAAUCCAGAAAGAUUCUUUGAGCCAAUGCACAAUCAUGCUUUUGUUCCGUUCAGUGCUGGACCAAGGAAUUGUUUAGGUUUCCGGUUCGCGUGGGUGGCAAUGAAGGCUACCAUAUCCAAUAUUAUCAGGAGGUACGAGCUUUCCCUCGGCGGUCCCGGUACAGAACCACAAUUCGCUUACAGAAUAGUAACAGAAUCCAAAAAUGGUUUACAACUUAGACUAAAGAAACGAACCUAGAUCCAUAGACUGCCCUAAAAAACCUUGUGACCAAGUCAAUAUUUGAUAGUUAAUUAAUUAAUAAGUUAAAAUCCCAAAUAAAUAUUUUUGAGCCAUCCUUAUUCGGGUGUGGUAGAGAUGAAACUGUAGAGAAUCUUACGUUACUUAGUUCCAUUUGUAUAAAAAUCCGAGAAUAUAUAUGUCUUCCAACUACCAAUAACCGGCAAGUAAUAGUAUAUAUACUUAGUAAUCAGGCGAUUGCCGUUCUUAAAAAUUAACAAAACAAAUUUCACUGGCUAUUAGUACUAUUAGAUACCCGUUAAUUUUAUUAGUUAUUUCAAUUUCAAAGGCUUUAUUAAAAAAAAUACAAGAGAAAAGUUUACAAUUUUUUUUUUUGUUUCGUUGCACGGCUGUUCUCUUGUACAGCUUGCCCUUGUGCACAAAUGCCAGCUCCAGCUGCUUCCAAUGCUUCCUAUCCCUGGCAAGUAUUUGCCACAGAGGACCAGACCUAUUUUAAAGUCUAUUUUAUCUGCCCAUCGCGCGCAUGGACUACUUCUCCUCCUGUCCAUUGAGUAACUUCUUUCAAACAUUUUUCUCUCUGAGCAGGUGCCCUUACCGUCUCCAUUUAAGCCUUUUGGCUCUGUUAGUUAUUAUAUAUAAUAAAUUCUUUGUUUAUAUAAAUUAAAUGCGAACAUAUUAUGAUUUAAUCUCAGCGGUUUAUGGACAAGGACAAGUAUUAUACAUAUAAUGUUUUUCUUUGUGAUAAUUUUUCAUUACGAAAUUUCUAAUAACAAUGAAUUAAUUACCUAAUCGUUGCAUUGUGUGAAAAUUAGAUUAAGAAAAUUUAUUUUAAUCGUUUCUAUAGUAAACGGA